UGCAUUGCGCAUUGAUUUUGUCUGCAGCAAACUGACGGGUGUCCCUCUAAGUGGAAACGAGCACACUGGGCAACGCCCACAACAUAGCUAGCUCCGGCCUGUCAUUUUUUCCAAUAGCUAACUCCAGCACACAGCUAACUUAUCUGGCUAACAAGUUCGUGUGAGUGUGUCCUCCAGGCUGUGAUGGCAGCUGUUGGCCCACCAGGACCAAAGGUCCCUGACUGUGUGACCAAGGUGGCACUGACCAUCUCCUGUGAGAAUCUGCUCGACAUGGAUGCGUUCUCAAAGUCUGACCCUCUGUGUGUGCUUUUCAUGAACAGCUCAGGGCCUCACUGGUGUGAGAUUGGCCGUACGGAGAAAAUCAAGAACUGCCUUCAUCCCAAGUUUUCCAAGACUUUUGUCAUUGACUACUACUUUGAAAUGGUGCAGAAAAUGAGGUUUGAAUUGCACGACAUUGACGGCGAAACCAGCAAUCUGCAAGAUGCUGACUUCCUGGGUGAACUGGAGUGUACCUUGGGACAGGUUGUGUCCUCAAGGAAACUAACAAGACCACUUGUCAUGAAGGACAAGAGACCUGCAGGGAAAGGAACGAUCACUAUAUGUGCUGAAGAAAGAACAGACAACAGGGUGGUGGAUUUUGAAGUUGCAGGUAGAAAACUGGAUAAAAAGGAUUUCUUUGGCAAGUCCGACCCGUUCCUGGAAUUCUACAAGCAGACAGAAACUGGAUGGCAGCUCGCUCACAGGACAGAGGUGGUGAAAAACACCUUAAACCCAACAUGGAGACCGUUCCGAAUCCCGCUGCAGUCCCUCUGUGGAGGAGAUGUGGAGAAAUCUAUAAAGGUAGAUUGUUUUGACUACAACAGCAACGGAACUCACGAUUUUAUUGGAUGCUUUGAGACCACACUCUGCCAAAUACAGCAGGGAUCACAAUCAUACGCGGCUGAGUUUGAAUGCAUCAAUAGUAAGAAGAAACAAAAGAAGAAAGGAUACAAAAACUCUGGCAUUAUCGUUGUAAGGAAAUGCAAGACAGUGAAGGAGUAUACCUUUCUGGAUUACAUAAUGGGCGGCUGUCAGAUUAACUUCACCAUUGCUAUUGAUUUUACAGGCUCCAACGGAAAUCCCAGCACCCCCCAGUCCCUCCAUUACAUCAACCCUCAGGGCUAUAAUGAAUACCUGGCAGCUAUCUGGGCAGUGGGUAAUGUCAUCCAGGACUAUGACAGUGACAAGAUGUUCCCUGCUUUUGGAUUUGGAGCCAUGCUCCCUCCUUCAUGGAAGGUCAGCCACGAGUUUCCCAUCAACUUCAACCCAUCAGAUCCGUUUUGUGCAGGAAUAGAGGGUGUGGUCCAAGCCUACCAGCAGUGUCUGCCCCAGGUGAAGCUUUACGGCCCCACAAACUUUUCCCCGAUUGUCAACCAUGUAGCCCAGUUUGGCAGGCAGGCCAUGCAGCAGGAAACUGCCUCUCAAUACUUUGUUCUGCUGAUCAUCACCGACGGAGUGAUCACAGACAUGGAUGAGACACGCAGUGCCAUCGUCAACGCUUCCCGCCUGCCCAUGUCCAUCAUCAUUGUUGGAGUGGGGGGUGCAGACUUCAGUGCAAUGGAGUUCCUUGAUGGAGACGAUGGAAACUUACGCUCCGCUGCAGGCGAGGUAGCCAUGCGGGACAUUGUGCAGUUUGUGCCAUUCAGGCAGUUCCAAAAUUGUCCUCAAGAAAUGCUCGCUCAGAGCGUCUUGGCAGAAAUCCCAGGUCAGGUGACAAGCUUCUUCAACACCAUGAGUUUGAAGCCACCUCACAGCGACACACCUCUCCCUGACCCCUCGGCAUCAGCACCCCCCCAGUGAUGUGUCCUUAGUAUACCACAUGAGCAUGCACCAUCAAGACUGGAAGUCAUGGUAUGAUUUGUAAAUACUGGAAUGCACCAAUAGUAUAAAGCCAUAAUAAACAGAUAUUGUCAAACAUUUGCUAACAUUUGUUAACAUGUACUCAACCUAGAUAUUUAUUUAAUGUGACGGUAACAUAUGAUGUUUUUGUGACUCAAGUGCCAGCAUUGUUAAGACUUAAAGUCAUUUCUUUAGUUUGUGUAUAAAUUGAGGCAGCUAAUACCAGUCAUCUCAUUAGUCUGUCCGAAUGUCCACAUGAAAGGGCUGGAGUACUUAAUGUGUUCUAUGUUUCUGCUACUAUUACCUCCAGCAUCUCCAUAUCACAAGGACCGCUUGUUAGUUGGUCACACUUUCAUGCUUCCCUAGGGAAUAAAGCAAACAUUUCCUUGGACCUUGGACAAAGCCAUGCUAUCAUUAACAUUCAGUAAUGUUUACAUAAUGGAUCCUUAAUAAAGGAUCAAUACGUUUGCCUAAACAAACACCUUUUGUAGAUUUUACACUACAAAAAUGUGUCCUUGCUGCUGUUUUGUACUUCAGUCAGUUUCUUUUUUUAAAUCCAGUUCCAUAUUUGACAUACUAUUCGGUGUUUAACAAGGAGAAGUGAUUAUAAUUGUCAUCAGAAUGCUUCGUUUAGUAAAAUGCAUGUUCACUUGAAUGUACACUAGAAGUUCACUCUGUCCUAAGAGGAGAUAGUAAUACUUCUCACUGACUGUUAUGAGAAUUGCUUAAUACAUUUCACUAAUAUAUACAGUAUGUAUAUUUAAUAUUCACCAAUAUUUGAUAUGCCUUAUGUAUUUUACUUGUCUUUGUCAUGGACUUUGAUUUUAUUGAUAUUUUAUGUGAAUAUGAUUUGCUAUGAAAAAAAUCUAAUAGAAUCUACAUGACUCAGUAUCAAUAUUAAAAAUUAUAUGCAAUCAAUAUUUUUAAGUAAAAUUCGACAAUUUGUACGAUUUCUUUUAUGUUUGCUACUGCCUUAAUGUCAUGACAUUAAAUAAAUACUUAAGUAUUUUCACCAA